UAUUCAGUAUGUGUGCAACCACGCAUUUUAAAACCUUACUACGCACUUGUUACGCACGCAUGCCGUUAGUGUCAGUUUUAGUGUUUCAUUAUGCAUGCAUUGGUGGUGACUCCUUUACUUUUUCUGGACUUUAUCAGAGAUGACAACACAUGAUCACAGAAUGGUAUCGGCAAGGGCUGUUUUGCUUGUGUUCUGUGUUCUAUCUUGUUGUCAAAUACUGGACGCUUGGAGAAGAAGACGGGGUGAUACACCUCCGUCAGCAAUUAACUGUGUAGUAUCAGAAUGGAGUCCGUGGUCUCAGUGCUCCACCAACUGUUCUAUCGGCGUUACAUCGCGCACGCGUACAAAGACCACGGUCGAAUCGAAUGGCGGGACAUGUACGUAUGCGCUAAAUGAAACCAAGAGCUGUGGGUCUGACAACGGGGGAUGUACGGGCCCCGGGGCCUCGUGUGAUGAGCCAACAGGGGUCUGCAGCUGUAACCAAACGGGAUACUUGCUGGACCAAGAUCAAAAAACAUGCAAAUGGACAGGCUGCCCAUCGAAUCCCUGCCGUAUUUGUCCUAACAAUACCUACAGCGAUCAGUUCAUGCCGGUUUGUCAGCAAUGCUCGUCCAGCUGCACUGGAAACUACACCAAUAGCACAUGUUCUGGUAUGACUUGCCCCAGUAACUACAAACUUGCAACAAUCGUCACCAAACCAGAUAGCCAAUUUGCUGAGUUAAUUUCCAGCGCAGACUUUGUCAACGUUGUAACCAAUGUGACAUGUAAGCGGAACGAAACAACUGGCUUUUCCUCGUGGAGCCCUGAUGUAACUAGGCAGUUUUGCCGGCGCCUGAAUGACCCACCGACGAAUCUUACUCUGUCCGGUAACACGCUACUGGAGCAUGCCGCAGUUGGGACAGUUAUCGGGACUUUCUCAGCGCUGGAUCCGCAAGUUGGGCAGGAAAUUGUCUUCAAUGUAACAUCCUCGUUGUUCUCAAUAAACGGCACUAAGCUACAAAGCACUUGGCAAGAUCCUAACCUAAACGGACCGAUAUCCCUUAAUAACGGUGAGGUAGCAAUAACAAUCAGAGCUACUGAUAAUGGGAAUCCGCCCAUGUGGCGUGAGCAAGAGUUUAAAGUGCGAAUAUUGGAUGUCAACGACCCUCCUGGGAAUAUCUCGUUGUCGAAUCAUACUGUGAAUAAGAAUGCUCAAGUAGGUUCACUUGUAGGGGUUUUCACCGCUAUUGACGGUGAUGACCCAACGGCAACCCCUUCUUCAAACUUCACCUGGGAGCUAACGAAUUCUAGCAAUGGACUUUUCAAGUUGAAUGGAUCAAACCUGGUGGUAGCCAAACCACUUAAUAAUGUUCCCCAAAAUCAAAUUCAAAUUGAAGUCAAAUGUACUGACUCGGGUCAACCUUUUGAAAACGCAACGCAGAAGUUCGUAAUAUACUUGAUAAUGUAUGACGAUUAUCAUGCCAGCAUCACAUAUCGGCCGAUUUCUGUAAAAGAGGACGCAUCGGUAGGAACAACAGCUGGAACUCUGACAGCAACACAGUCUUUGGCCUUACCGGUCACUUUAAGUAUAAAUCACUUGAAUAACACUGUUCUUGAGAAGUUCAAAAUUGGCGCAACGACGUGCAGCAUUACAGCUGAUACGGCAACAUGCACCGCGGAUAUAUUGGUCAAGUCAGAACUGGAUUUUGAGGACAAAAGCACGUUUACUUUCACCGCCUCUGCUAAUUUCUCUAAAGGAGUAGUAACACGUGAGUUUACCAUCACAGUUAAAAAUGUGAACGAGGCACCAACCGACAUAUAUCUCAAUGGAACACUCACUGUGCCCGAGAACGCUGUAGCGGGCGCGAUUGUCGGCUCAUUCUUGGUAACAGACCCUGACAAGACCCAAACACAUAACUGCAGCUUGGUUAAUAGCGCCCAGUCUACGGGCAGUAGCUACUUCACGGUCGAAAAUGGCACAGUGCUUGAAGUAAAAGGAGAGCCUGUAAUAAACUACGAGAAAACGAGGCAUCUAGCAAUCAAGGUCACGUGCACAGACGACGGCGAUCCCAACCUGUCAACCACGAAGGACUUUAAUAUCACGGUUACUAACCAAAACGAGCCACCGCUGCAGGUAUCGAUCACCAGCCAAACGGUACCAGAGAACUCUCCGCUUGGUACCUUGGUCGGGUCGUUAUCAUGCGAGGAGCCUGACAAGCUUACAAAUGACAAAUGCACCUUCACUAUUGAUAGCCAAAAUUAUGCAUUCCGUCUUGGAUCCGAUGGCAAGAGCGUUCUAGUGAAUGGUUCCCUUGACUACGAGGUGGAACCGGUGAUUGACAUUGUUGUCGUGGCAACAGACAAAGGAGGGCUUUAUAAGAAAGUAAAGCUUCAAAUCAACAUUACAGACCAGAACGACGCCCCAACCGGGAUCAAUCUACCAGGGAAUGGAGGAGAUCUUAGCGUCUACGAGAAUAGCCGGUCAGGAACGGUCAUUAGUGCAAUAAAACUUGUCGACCAAGAUGGAGAUCCGCCCAGUUGCUCUCUGACGGACGAUGCCGGGGGACGCGUGGCGGUCCAGGGGACUAAUCUAAUUACGGGCUCAGCAAACUCGGACUUCGAGGAGUCAGCAGUUCUCCACAUAACGCUCAGCUGUUCCGAUGGGAAGGUCCAGAGUAUCCAGAAAAGCUUUAAUAUAACUGUUAAAGAUGUAAACGAAGUUCCAACAGAUAUCACCCUAAGUCACCGACAAGUGCUUGAAAACGAGGCAAAUACUCGAAUUGGAAUCAUCACAGUCACGGACCCUGAUGUCAACCAAUCACAUCGCUGCACGGUUUGUGACGUCAUUGAUGAAGGGCGUUGUGAUGCUAGUGCAGAUUUUAUAGUCGACGAAAGAUUACAACUAUUGACGUCAAGAGGCCUCGAUUUCGAGUCCGGGCACAUUCGGCGGAUUGUGAUCAACUGUACUGAUAACGCCACAAGUCCACAGAUGCCUUUAUCCGUGGAAAAGGCCUUUAACAUCACCGUUAUUGAUGUGAAUGAGCCACCAACCAGUGUGUGUAGUUCGCCGUUUGAGCAGGCGAUCCGCGCAUCUGUCGGGUCAGUGGUCGCGCGUCUAAGUGCUGUAGAUCCUGAUAACGCUGGCUCCGUCAAACAGGCGCUGACAUACAAGAUUAUUACGGGCUCAGGAGUGUUUCCCUUCCAGCUCUUCAAGAACAUGAUUUUCAAAACUGCAGAUGUCAUUCAACCCACGAACUUUACAUUUUCCAUUCAAGUGACUGAUGAUGGUCGAGUUGUCACGGAUGUCUCCCCAAACGGUUUAACCUUCAAUGUCAGCAAGCCCAACACUGUAGUCUUCAACUGUUCUUUAGCGGUCACAGCUGACUUCAUGUCAGACGCCCUUGACCUUCGCCCGAGCGUGGUGUCAGUUCAGUCCAGGGAUAACUCGUUGAUUGGUCGACUCUCGCUUCCGAAGAAGUUCCCUAAUGAGACAUUCAAGUACUUGCUGAACUCAGAUGAAACUGUCCCGUUCGCUAUCAACGGUGAUCAGGUUUUUGUUAAAAGUAUUGCCAUGAAGGACUAUGCUUUGAUAUUCGAGAACAAGUCAGCAUUUGUAUAUUUGGACAUAAAUGCUGAAAGCAGCCAAGGUGUCAAUAGAAGCGAAGGGCAUUUUGUCAAGAUUUCUGAUGAUGUUCCGGAGAUGAAAAUGUGUCUGGUCAAGAAAAGCAUCGAGGAGAAGAAGCCCCAGGGGAGUAUAGUGGGGCAACUAUUGAUGGAGUAUGGAGCCCCUCCCCUGUACCAGUGUUCUAUGACAAGCUGUUGCAAUCAGAUCGGAAAAGUCAAACCGGACACUUUCCCCUAUCAUUGCAAGGUUGACGAAUCGGCCAUUGGCGCAGGUCCGCAGCAUAAUGUCUCAACACUUUUCGAAUUUGAUUCAAGCUUUUCACUCCGCACUCGUACACAGCUAAGCUAUCAAGAGUUCAAUCUGACUGCUGGUGUCAUCCAAAUCCCAUACAGUUGCUAUGACGACCAGCGACCAUUGCAGCUCUUGAGGAGAACUUUCAAUGUGACAGUGCUAGAGUGCAAUGCUACCGGACACUGCCCUCUCGCCCCAGACUGCGCGCGGUGUGAUCAUGGUGGCACGUGUGUCGAUAAAGAGAACGGGUUCUCAUGUCGCUGUCCCGCGGAAUACACGGGAGAAAGAUGUGAGGUGGAUAUCGACGACUGCGCAUCUGAGCCGUGCCAGAAUGGCGGUACCUGUCAGGAUGGAGUCGCGUCAUUCACGUGCGCAUGCGCUGAGGGGAUAUCUGGUUCUUUGUGUGAAAGAAAUUCUUCGCUCUGUGAGAAAUGUGUUCGGGGCACCCGUUGCGUGACCUUUCACAAGGCAGCUACCAGGUGCGCCACCGCUGAUUUCCAGGAACGCAUCAUUGUGAACGGUUCAGAUUUGACUUCAAGUCAGCGUGCAUCGAUAGAGAGAGAGAUUGUGGCAAUAAUAAAAGCUGUUCUCUCAAAAAGGGCCGGCAAUUCCAGAAGUCGUCGCUCGGCCUCCGACGUCUACGCUGAGAUUCUUGAGACCAUCACAAUCGGACCGACCAACCAAACACUUCUGCACGUUGUCGUCUUGGAUACACAGUAUGAGCGUAUGAAUUCAACAUACGCAUGCGCACUGCUGGCCAACUCCAGGCUCCCUUGCGUGGGAGAGAAAGACUGUGAGGUCCUUUCCUUGAUAAAUGAGCCCUGUCCGGGACAAACCGAAGGCGAUAAGGAAAAGCAGAAGUCUCUCCUGACAAGAGAUCAAACCGUUGGGGUUGCAGUGGCGGCUGGACUGUUUAUUAUUAUUUUGAUUAUAGCAAUUGCAAUCCUAAUUUGCAAAAAAAAAAAGAGCGGCGAAGGCAACAUAUCUUCGAUCGACAUGAAAGACUUUAGCAACGCAGCCGACACUAAAUCUGCUUACGAGACACUGGAUACGACGAGGCGACGGAAUCCUAUAUACGAAGGGUUGUCGCCAAGGACAAAGAAAACCGCUGACCCCUACGUGAUGCCGGCCUUGUCAUCGAAGGGCAAAUAUACGCCAAAGCCGGGCCCUCGAUCCAUAGAUCAUCGGACAGAAGUGAACGAAGAUCAGACAUACGAUAACACAGAGAACGAGAUCCAUGCAGAAGCCCAUGUUGAUGGAUACCAGACAUACGACAACCCGACGUACGACACAGAGCACGAGACGCACGCAGAAGCUCAUGUGAAUGGAUACCCGACAUACGACAACCCAACGUGCGACACGCACUCACCUGCGCGAGCUCCAGCUUACAAAAGGACACGGAGCAAGCCCCAAGACGAGCUCUAGCCGGCGAUCAAACAGGAUUUUGCCAGAUCCCUAGUGUCACACCCGCCCAGAAUUGAGAUUAGUUUCCACUACUCGAAAUAAUUCAUCAGCCCGACUCACUAUGUAUGUCAAUGGCAAUAGGGCUGUAAAGGGUAAGCGCGUAUCUAACAUCCCCUCCCUUUAACCGUAAAGAGCUGUGUCAUUUACUUUUUGAAGAAUCUUGAAGUUCUCUCGAAUGAUAUCUAAGACAGCAUAACCCCACUCAUAUACGCUUGCUUUGCGUGAUAUAUUUUUUUUCGGGGUAGCAAUCACCCUCAAGGACUAUUUAUAAAUCUCCGGCAGGGGCGGCGAAAUGGUCCCAAAAGUACAGUGGGGAGGUUGAAUUGGCCGGGGUGAGGGGAGGGGGUGGGGUUGGAGGUAUUAUCAUUUCGAAGGGGGAGGGGGGUACCUGGGUUUAACAUAUAAAGUACAUUAUAAAAUAUACAAAUAAAAUGAUACAAACAGUUAAAAAAAAACUAUGUAAUCGUCUGUUAUCGAGCAAUUUAUUUAUACAUGUAGCACUUGUAGGUUCAUGUAAAAACCGCACGUUCAUGUGAAAAAGGACGUCAGCUCAGACCAGUGUGAGCUCAUUUAAAAGUCGUACAAGGACAUGUAAGAUAACAGCAUAAGUCUGGAUUUAGAUACGAUAUUUAUUCAAAAUAAUAUUUAUGUUACGAGAAGAUUAAUUGCUAGCAAAUAUGUAAAUCACUGAGAGGUGCGGGCUUGCUGUUGGUGAGGUAACAUGGGGUCUGGUAACUACUGUUAUAUCAAGCGCGUGACGCCUGGAGCUUUUAGGAAAAUUGCUUGAUAAAAUGAGGGCACUGAGACAGUACUGAAUAAUUUAUGCGCUGGCGAAAACACAUACAAUCGUAGUGUCGAACAGGUACGAAAGGCUGAAUUCAGUCGCCGUUUUUACUAACUUAAAGCGUGAAAAACUAUACUGAACAAAAGAUGGCAGAUUUGUUUGAUAAUGAGGGAGUCAUAAAGAAAAUUAUAGCUUUAGCUUUGCGCUAGUUAGCAUUCCCCAAAACGUGACAGUUCGCCGGCAAAAAGCCGCCAUUUCAAAACAAGAAGGUUGGUUUAACCGCGCGGUACUGGAACUAGUCUUGCGUUUCUCAGCACUGGCGGGCAGAAUUUUUUUUCAUCCGAAGAAAUUUUUUGUCUAUGAUCUUUACAUGCUUGAAAUGUACUAUAUUUCUAUUGCUAGGUAUAACGAGGGAGUGUCCAUGAUGUACCCUAAAGGAUAGGAGGGGGGGGGGGGGGGGGCUUGAGAAGGGCCCGUAUUUUUAGGCCCCAAAUGGCUGAUCAGUUUUCAAAUACUAUGAAAAGUAUAUGAGAUGUAUGAUUAUGAAAAGCUAUGUGAAGCCCAUUGAAAUACUGAGGGGAGGUGAUGGUACACUAAGUUUAAUAAGUAAGUACGUAAUUACCAUAACUAGAGUCGUUUCACUGCCUGAACACAAUUGGAUGCCAAAUAAGCAUUUAAAAAAUGACUGGGAAUCGGCGAAAAUGAUUUGGCCAAAGAGCGAACAGAUGCAACACAAGGUUGACAAAAAAAAUUAUAGAAUUUUAUUUAUAUCCAAGCUCUAGGAAACCCAACUCACUGUUCCAUGCAAACCGCUAAGAUUACCUUGCCCAAGUAUCUGGGAGUUAAAAAGUUUAAACUCCAACGCUAUUGUUUCUAGUAUUUUCUAUUCAAAUAUUUUCCAGUUAAACCCGCGUAUCACAAAAAUUUGAUAAAUAUGAUAUUCUGGUGAUUCCCUGGUACUCUUUCGCGCACUAGGGCUUUGUAUGCCACGGUGAUUGGCUAACUGGGGCUUCGUAUGCCACAAUGAUUGGCUAACUAGGGGCUUCGUAUGCCGCGAUAAUUGGCUAACUGGGGCUUUAAAUGCCACGAUGAUUGGCUAACUGGGGGCUUUGUAUGCCACGAUUUUUGGCUAACUGGGGAUUCGUAUGCCACGAUGACUGGCUAACAGGGGUAUCGUAUGCCACGAUGAUUGGCUAUCAGGGGGCUUUGUAUAUAUUCCACGAUGAUUGGCUAACCGAGGAUUUUUAUGCCGAUGAUUCGCUAACUGGGGAUUUGUAUGCCACGAUGAUUGGCUAGGGAAGUAAAUCUAUAUUUUUGACCAGUUUCUUUAAAACUACCGCGUUAGUCGUUGUAGCGCGUAUAAGACACACACGUUCUUGUUUUCCAUGUUUUUUAUUUCACUAUAAGUAUAGCUUCUGUAAAUCUCGUGGUAACGGACAGGAUAAAAAAAAUGGUCAAUUCCCACACCCCCAAAUCC